AUGAUUCUGUGGCGAUUCUCAUUGUCACGAGUACUGAGAAGCAGGGCCAGGGCUUACUUAGCAUCUCCAGGAAAUAUCAAGAGACUCUCACAGAAAAGAGGAAAUAUGAAUUCCAGAAUUAAAAGCGAUCAUCUAUCAAUUCUGCUGAACAUUCCAAUACUAUCAAUAACAAAAAGACACAGUACUAAAGCUUUUGGUGCCCUAAAUGAUUACGAGAGAGAGUUAGACUCUUUGAUUAAGUCUAAGGACUUUAAGGAUAUAUGGCCUAUCGCAACUAUGAUGAAGAAGAAUAAUGUUGAACCAACUCCGAACAUAUAUUUACUCUUAUUAAAAGCUUGCUAUCUAACGAGAAAGCCCGAACUAGUGAACGUGGCACUUUCCUUGUACUGUGAAGCUACUAGUUUAGAUAUUUGUCCGGAUGAAUCUAGAGCUCUAACCUAUUAUUUAUUGAUGUCAUUCCAAACAUGUCAUGAUUUCACGAAUCUAAUAAUCUUAAAAGAUUUAUGGAAUAAUAGAAUACCAAAUGAGGCUAAAGAUUUACAUACUAUUUUCCGUUACCAUUCUGCUCACUUAAACACUUUCCUUAAUACGUUUCAAAAUCAAAGGGCUCAAGAAUAUUUUGAAGAUAUACUUAUGGAAAUGAAAAAUCUCCAACUUUCCAAUCAUAAGGAGCUGGAAAUACUAAAGACAAUACCAAUUCUGAGAUUCCUUGAUGUUCUCGCUUCUAACAAAGACUGCGAGUCUUUAGCAACGUGGAUUCAAAAAAUUUUAGACCAUGGAUCGAACACCACCUCAAGUAUUAUACGACAAUCUGAUUGGGACAAGUAUCUUAGCACAGGUUUAUCACAAAACAAUUAUAAAUUAGUGAAAUUGAUUUACAAAACAUACCUAAUGAAGGAUUAUCAGAACUCCUCAAUAACAACCGAACAAGCAUUAUUUGAGAAGUUAGAGAGCCCCAACUCAUUUUUUAAGUCUAUCACGGACGAGGAGGUUUUCCAAAUACUUCAUACUUUGGCGACAAAUGGGGAUGUCAACCUGACAUUAUCUCUUAUUGAGUCACACUUCAUACAUAAAAAAUUAAAGGGAGAAAGAGCUUUGACUAACGAGCUUCGUGUCAAGAUAAUAGAGUCGUAUUGCUAUCAUAAUGAUUAUGCUAAUGAUAAUAUAUAUCAGGAUUAUUAUAAUGAUGAAAGCAUAAAAAGAAUAUUGGAUGUCUUGAAUGACCUUUUAGCGAGAGACAAGCUUUCUCUAUUGAGCUUUAAAGAGAUAGGGGAAUGCAUGUCCUUUAAGUUCCAGAAUUAUAAAGUUUACAAAGAAUCACUAAAAAAAUCCAAUAUGCCUGGCAACAGUUUGACAUUUAAUAUAUCAGACGCAGAUAUCCCAGAAAAAAGCUCGAAUGCAAAUAUAGAAUCCUCUCCUACGGGCAAUAUUUUAGCAAACAUUAAGAUCUUAACAGAUUUCAUCGAAUAUCAUAUAAAAUAUCUCACACUGCAUAAGAAUUUUGAAAGAGAAACCAUAACUUUAUUUAUUAAUUGUGUGUUAAAUCAUGUUAAUCUUCAUCAAAACUUUUCAGGUUUAAUUAGAGUUUUGCUAUUAUUGCAUAAUGAAAAUCCUCAGUUCGUUUCUGAAUGGCUUGAUGACGAUCUGUUAGAUAUAAUUUCUAAUUCAUUAAUCAACUCUCCUGGGGCCAAGUUAUGUUCCGUGCGGUUCUUUGUGCUUCUUAAAUCUUUAGGAAAGCAGACUCAUUACCGCUACGCCAAUUUCUUGUCUGCGAUAAUGAAAGGAAGCGUACAUGACUUUUUGCAAUUUUACAUGUAUCAUUAUUUUCAUGACUUUCACGGCUACAUAGCUCCUGAAGUGCGAAAAGUUUUGGAUCAUAUUCCUCCCGAGAUUGUUGUUGAAGAUAAGAAGACAAUUGAGUUAAUAGAUUUUUACAAAAGCUUACCGAAAAACAGAGCCUCCUUGACGAAAGAUGAAAUUGAGGAUCUUUGGUCGAAACAUGCAUUUACAAAAAGUGAGGGGAUUCUAACGAAGGAAGAUGAAUCAAAUUUUAAGCGUAAAUAUAUCAGAUCCGUGGAUCUUAGGGAUGCAGAGUAUUUGAACUAUAUACUUGGGACCCAAAAUUUAAAUUAA